AUGUGCACUUGUUUAGACUCUCUCCAACACUGCUCUGCUCUGGUUACUGUCAUAAUGACUCUCCAGUGGACUGCUGUGGCAUUUUUUCUAUAUGCAGAAGUUAUCGCGAACGUCAUAUUGUGUAUACCAUUUAUAUCUGCUAAAAGGUGGAGGCGAGUUUUCAGCUGGGGGAUCUGGAACUGGCUCAGCCCCUAUUGGAACAAAUGCUUCUUUACUAUGAUCAUGGUUCUUAUUGUCCUGUUUCUGGAUGCAGUCCGUGAGGUGCAGAAAUAUUCCGGUCCAGAGCCCAUGCAGGACGCCAAGGUCAACCCCAACGUGUACGACCACGUGCACAUGAAACUGUUCAGGGCUCAACGAAACCUCUACAUCUCCGGAUUCUCCCUCUUCCUUUGGCUAGUGAUGCGCAGAGUUGUGACCUUGUUAAAUCAAGUUGCAGUGAGUACAGAGGACAGUGCAGCUAUUCAAACACAAAUGCACAAUAUGGCUGAUGCGGCAAAACAGCUUGAAGAGGACAACAAGAUGCUUAGACAAACGUUGCUUGAUGAAGAGAAAACGGUAGAAGCCAAAAACCAGCAGCUAAAGUUGGACAUUCAGAAGCUUGAAACUCAGCUUAAGACUGCUGACUCAGCUGUGCACCGAUCCCAGGCGGAGGUGGAGGCCAUGAAGAGACAGGCCAAAGGUCUGGCUCAGGAGUACGACAGACUUCUGAGUGAACAUCAUCAGCUCCAGAAUCAACCAAGUGCUUCAGACAAAAAGGACAACUGA